CUCUCUGAGUGCUGCUGAAAAUGGCUUGGACCCUGACGAGGAGCCUCUUCUCAGAAAAAAUCCCCGCCGGUUCGUCAUCUUCCCCAUCCAGUACCCAGACAUAUGGAAAAUGUAUAAACAGGCUCAGGCCUCCUUUUGGACAGCAGAAGAGGUUGAUUUGUCAAAGGACCUUCCUCAUUGGAAUAAGCUGAAAGCAGAUGAAAAAUACUUCAUCUCGCACGUCCUGGCGUUUUUUGCAGCCAGUGAUGGAAUUGUAAAUGAAAACCUGGUGGCACGUUUUAGUCAGGAGGUGCAGAUCCCAGAAGCACGUUGUUUCUAUGGCUUUCAGAUUCUCAUCGAGAACGUUCACUCAGAGAUGUACAGCUUGCUCAUAGACACCUACAUCAAAGAUCCUGAGAAGAGGGAUUUCUUAUUUAAUGCUCUUGAAACAAUGCCUUGUAUCAAGAAGAAAGCAGACUGGGCUCUGAAGUGGAUUGAAGACAGAGAGUCCACUUUUGGUGAGAGAGUGGUUGCCUUUGCUGCAGUUGAAGGCAUCUUCUUUUCGGGUUCCUUUGCUGCUAUAUUUUGGCUGAAGAAGAGGGGCCUGAUGCCUGGACUGACUUUCUCCAAUGAACUCAUUAGCAGAGAUGAGGGUCUACACUGUGAUUUUGCUUGUCUAAUGUUCCAUUAUUUAGUGAACAGACCAUCAGAGGAGCGGGUCUGUGAGAUCAUCGCUAAGGCUGUUGAAAUCGAGCAGGAGUUUCUAACAGAGGCAUUACCUGUAGGUCUGAUUGGAAUAAAUUGCACUUUGAUGAAACAAUAUAUUGAGUUUGUCGCGGACCGGUUGCUAAUGGAGCUUGGGUUCUCAAAGGUCUUUCAUGCAGAAAAUCCUUUUGAUUUCAUGGAGAAUAUUUCUCUGGAAGGAAAGACAAAUUUCUUUGAGAAGCGGGUUUCAGAAUAUCAACGUUUUGCUGUUAUGGCAGAAUCAGUGGACAAUGUCUUCACUCUGGAUGCAGAUUUUUGAUAACUUGGGAAAUGAACAGUGACUGUUUCUCUCUCCUCAUCUCACUUCCUGCUGUGAAGUCAUCUUCAUUUUCUCUUCUGGAAUUGGAGUCUAGUAGGAUUUUGUUUCCUGGGUUAUCACGUCAUUUUUCUGAGGAGUAAAUAUAUUUUUCUGUGUCAUUUAAAAUAAA